CAGCUGGGUUCGUCGCAUAAUUUAUCUUCAUCCCGCUGUUGGCCUCGAGUACUUCGUUGCAGCUGCAUUCCUGAAGCAGAGUCGUGCUCUAUUCGCCACAACAUAAUCAUUCGUUGGUAUUGAGCGCAGUUGUAUCGUCAUGGCUUCAGCGCGCGGUCCGAGAUGGCAGCAAUUCUUACAGGAAUUGGUGAUGGUUGCCGGCACUUCGGCAUCUGCCUACUUCCUCAUUAGAUACCUCCUAUCUCGUCUUGAUUUCGACCCAGAAAGCCAAAAGAAAGAGGAGCAACGACGUAAGUCGGCUGCUAUUCUACGGAGACUCGAUGGCGGAGAAGAGUCGGAUGAAGAUUCACCACGCAGAGAAGGCAAGCGGGGACGGAGACAAAAGCGCGGAGACCUUGCCCUGAACCAAUACGAACAAGCGAUCGCAAUGGAUGUUGUUGCCCCAGACGACAUUCCCGUAUCAUUCGAGGAUAUUGGAGGCUUGGACGAGAUCAUCGAGGAGCUGAAAGAGUCUGUCAUCUACCCACUAACCAUGCCUCACCUCUAUUCAUCUACGUCUUCACUCCUUACUGCCCCGUCGGGUGUUCUGCUGUAUGGUCCUCCUGGGUGCGGAAAGACUAUGCUUGCCAAAGCGCUUGCUCAUGAGAGUGGAGCAUGUUUCAUUAACCUACACAUAUCAACUCUGACAGAGAAGUGGUACGGUGAUUCGAAUAAGUUGGUCAACGCAGUCUUCUCCCUAGCCAGGAAACUGCAGCCUUCCAUUGUUUUCAUUGACGAGAUAGACGCUGUGCUUGGCACGAGGCGGAGUGGGGAGCACGAGGCAAGUGGUAUGGUUAAGGCUGAAUUCAUGACCCAUUGGGACGGCCUUACCUCCGCGAACUCGUCGGGUGAACCCCAGCGGGUUGUUGUGAUGGGAGCAACAAACCGCAUACAGGAUAUCGACGAAGCCAUUCUCAGGCGGAUGCCGAAAAAGUUCCCGGUGGUCCUUCCUCCAGCACCACAACGACUUCGAAUCCUCAGCCUCGUACUUAAAGAUACCAAGGUAGACCGGGAGAACUUUGACCUCGACUACCUUGUCAAAGCCAUGGCCGGCAUGUCAGGCAGUGAUAUCAAGGAAGCCUGUCGCGAUGCAGCUAUGGCACCAGUCCGAGAGCUCAUACGUGAGAAAAAGGCUGCUGGUCUCCAAAUGAAUACUGUCGAUCCCAAAGAGGUCCGUGGUCUUCGAACAGAAGACUUCUUCACACGUGCUGGGGGUGUUCGGGUUAUCCCCCCGCCUGCACAGCUGCAGGCAUCCAUAAAGGCUAGCUCGGAGAAAGAAUGGAGUACGGAGUCUGAGGCGACAUCUGAAGUUGACACACGGCCAUCGGCUGACAUGGCGGAGCCGCCGGAGUGAACUGUCUGAGUUCGUGAACUUACCGUGUUAGACGUCUGUCUAUGUUACUUGUAUACAGCACGAAGGGAAUGGCGUUCUGUGUUUUUGAGCAUAUCACCGGAUAUUUAAUGGCUUCGUCGGAUAUGGCUAUCAUAUGUGGCAAUUCCCACCCCAUCCUGGUUAUGAAGUCCGAAUACUGUCCAUAGAGUAUUUUUGACGGCCCCUCUGUCUGUCGUAUUAUCUUUAGCGGAAUCUCCCAAUGGAUGAGAUGUACGAAGUUUCACUAUAUAUUUGACAGGAUAGAGUA